ACCCAUACAGCCAAAUGAUUCGAUUGCGCCGCCAACUCCUCCCCUCUCUCUCUCUCUCUCUCAUUCUCUGCGUCUAUACUCUUCUCCCUCCCAAACAUUCUGCGUAUUCUUCUCUCUCUCCCUCUCCCGCUCUCCUCUGCGUCUCUUCUCUGUACCACAGAAUUUUCGUUCGUAUUAUAGCAAAAAGAAAGACCUGAGGUCGCUAGGGUUUCUUCAAAGUCUCUUCGACUAAAACCUCUUUCUGUUACCCCAAAACCCUUUGAAUUUCGCAGCCAUGGCGAGCACCAAAGUUCAGAGGAUUAUGACCCAACCCAUUAACUUGAUUUUCAGGUUCCUUCAAAGUAAAGCUCGCAUUCAGAUUUGGCUCUUUGAGCAAAAGGACCUCAGGAUUGAAGGCCGAAUUAUUGGUUUUGAUGAGUAUAUGAAUUUGGUUCUGGAUGAGGCUGAAGAAGUUAGCAUCAAGAAAAAUACCAGAAAGUCAUUGGGACGCAUUCUUCUGAAAGGAGAUAACAUAACUCUGAUGAUGAACACGGGGAAAUGACGACCAAUCUAGCAAAUGCAGAUACUUUGGCUACAGUGUAUCUUUAAUGUGACGGAGGUUGAGCUAUUUAGAUUUACUGCUUUUCUAUAGUUGGAUGUCAUUUAUGAGUAGCAAGAUAUGUAUUGACAAUCUUAAUUUUAAGUGGAUAUACGUUCACUGGUAUUACUGACACUCUAUCUUGUUUUGUGAUGCAGAAUUCUUUGUACUUUGUGUUUGCAUUUGAUCGCCCUUGCCCUUGUUAGGCUUUCUGCACAAAACCUUGUAUGUUAAUGGUAAUUCAGUUCAACCAUGAUUA